AUGAGUAUUGGAGCCUUUCGCCAGGACGUGUCUGUUGAAGUUAAACUUGCCGACAAAGUUUUGCAGGGUUCAACGACUUUAUACUUUAAGCCAUUACGAGAAGUAAUUCCGUCGGUAGUAUUGCAUUGUCGACAAAUAACAAUAAACAGAGUGACAGUCAACCUCAUCGAGGCCAGUUUCGAAAUACGUAAUGACGGUGGUGGCGAAUUGGUGAUAAAGCUUCCUGAACCCAAGAUGACCCAGAGUGAAAAGCUGGAAGGCGAGUUUCGACCUUUUUGUGUCAACAUUGAAUAUAGCUUAACUAACCCACAAGGUGGGAUAUGGUUUGCCGAGGCUACAUCGCCGGAAGGCGAUCUAUUGCCCCACGUAUAUACGAUCAAUCGACCAACGCCUGGUGGAACGAGGUUGUGGCUACCGUGUGUGGAUGAUCUGAUGGAGCAGCCAACUUGGCACUUUGAGUUUAUCGUACCGAAAUUAUGUCUUCAGUAUCCGAUUACAGUGCUUUGUAGUGGUACAUUCGACAGUGAAGAAGAUCACAAAACCGACCCCGAGAAAAAGGUCGUCAAGUAUAAUUUGGACGUCAAAACAACAGCUCAUAAUAUAGGAUUUGCUAUUGGUCCAUUUGAGCGUUUUCAGCUACAGUAUGCAGAGAAAGAUGAUCAAAUCUCCAUGUUGCCUGAAAUCUUUGGGUAUUGUAUGCCGAAUAAGGCGCAAUUAUUGGGAGAAACGUUCUCUACAAACUAUUAUGGUGAUACUAUGAGAUUUCUCCUUGGCGAAUCUGUCAAUUCUGUCGCAUCAAUGAUAAUUUGUCGGUCGUGUAUCUUACAUCCUCGGGAUAUACCGGAACAAACGUAUGAAACUCGGCGGCUGCUCAUUGAGGCAAUUGCCAUGCAGUGGUUUGGUGCAUAUAUCGUUCCUCAGAGUUGGGCCGACUAUUGGCUCGUGCCCGGAUUAUCGAUAUACUUGUCAAUACUUUGCAUAGCUGUAAUGCUCGGGAAGAACGAGGCACGAUGGCGAAUAAAAGAGGAUAUUGACAGAUGUGUUGAAGAAGACGUUCAAAGAGACCCGCUUUUCCGGCUCGAUAGAAGAUUGCCGCUUGUAUCGGACGAGAUAGAGUUCAUGGCUUUGAAAGCACCAAUCAUUAUUUAUAUGUUGAAUCGACUGCUGAUAAGAGGAGGAUAUCCGCAAGGAAUGUUGGGAAUUGUAUCUGACAUGAUCCUUACUGCAAAAGACGGCGUUCGAAAGUUCAAAUCAAUGAGCACUAAGAUGCUUCUUGACAUGUGCAGGAAGGCUAUUCGUGCUGAACGACGUGAUGAAGUUAAAAGUUUUUUCACGCAGUGGAUUUACGGGAGUGGAUGUCCUAAAUUUCGAAUAUCUCAUCAAGUAAACAGGAAGAAGAUGAUGGUUGAGUUUCAUGUCAAGCAAGUGAAUACGAAUGUUACAGAUGGUUCCCCGAGUCCGCGCGCUUAUAAUCCAACACCUGUAUUCUCUGGGCCCAUGGUCGUCUGCGUGCAUGAAGCAGAUGGUAAAUCAUACGAGCACACUCUCUUUAUUAAAGCGGAAGCUGAAAAGCACAUGGUAAAAUUUAAUACGAAAUAUAAACGUAUACGACGAACUACAAAGAAGUUCAAACAGCAAGCACCCAACUCUGCUCCUACUCAAGAGGAGGGCAUUAGCGUUUGGGGUUUAGCCAUGAACGAAGAAGAGAAACAAGAGUGGGGUGUCGUUGAUUGGGAUGAAGCAGAUGACGAAACAGCAUCGAGUGCAUAUUUCGAAUGGAUUCGGCUGGAUGAAGAUCUGGGGUGGAUUUGUAGCCUUGAUUUUGUGGACCAGGUGGACUAUAUGUGGAGUACACAACUCGUCAAAGAUCGUGAUGUCGUUGCGCAAGCAGAGGCUGUGAAAAUGCUCGAGACCUCGCCAUCAAAACCUUGCAUAUCUACACUCAUGCGAACGCUGCGGGAUCCUAGGUACUUUUAUCGUGUACGAGUACUGGCUGCAGUAGCUAUCGCGAAGUGUACUCACAUACGGGAUAGAGAAAAGAAAGAUCGAGAAGAAUUGCGACAAUUGGCAAUCCGCUUGUUAAUUCGAACAUUCCAAGAGAAUUAUUGUAUACAUGGCAUACUUGGUGGCGAGCAUGGCUUCAUACCAAAGCCCAAUCAAUUUGAUGACUUGAGAGAGUAUUUCGUAAAGAAGUCACUACCCUGGGCACUAUCGCUCAUUCGCGACGACAAAGGAGAAACACCCGAGAUCAUUCACAAGUUUUUGUGUACUAUAUUACAGAUGAACAGCAUCGCAGACGGAUCAAGAUUCGCUGAUGAUUAUUACGUAGCGGCUUUAAUCGAAAGUUUAGCAAAUGCCUUUAUACCACUUGAUCAAGGUAUUUUUGGGAAUCAUGACGUAGAGACAUUUUUGGAAUAUGAAAACCAUUGGUUGACAGCCGCUUUAGCGGAGAUCGAGCGAUGCCUCCAGAAGGAUUGGAAUAUGUGGUCAUCUUAUCGUAAUAUAAUCGCUGUUGCAUGUAUUCGGGCAAAGGCAAACCUCAUGAAAGCCAGUGUUAUUCGACGAGAUAUUAAGAAAUUCUUCGAACAUACUCUGUAUGGAAAUUUUGUCGAUGUGCGUGUGGCUGCCAUUGAAGCCUUGGUGCAAUUGAAUGGAUUGGAAUCAGAUGUAGGCCUUGAAUAUCUUCGCCACCUGGUGAGAAAUGAUCCUUGCCUAUAUGUUCGACGUUUAGUGGGAAGAAUUGCCGGAGUUGUUGAUGGAGGACCUUUUUUCUGGGGACUGCCCAAGAGGACUGACGCUAAACCUGGGAUUCGUCUCUCCGUCGUCUCUAAGAACGUACCCAAGAACGUACCUAAGAACGUCUCUAAGAAGGCGAGCAUAAGAAUAAAGGGAAAUAUGCGAACUACACAGCUGCUUCUGGCACAAAAAGAGGUUUUUCCGAAUUCGUUCAAGCGUGCCCAACGAGGCUUGUUCGGCGGAAAGCGUAUACACUACGGAAACAGAGUUUCAGAAAACGAUAACAAGACUCGACGUCGAUGGUUACCUAAUGUCCAGAAAGCUCGAGUUUAUUCAGAGGCCUUUGGAACCUUUUUCAAAAUGAGAGUUACAACUGCAGCCUUGAGAACAAUUGACAAGAAGGGAGGACUAGAUCAAUAUCUUUUGAAUACCAAAGAUAAAGAAUUAGGAAUGUUUGGUGUCCGUCUGAGAAACGAAUUGAAGGCAAAACUAGCUGGGAAAUGGCCUGUUCGACCAGAAACUAAGCCGCAGGCCCAUGCAACUACUACCACUAUCCCAGGGAGAAUUACACUUUGGAAGAGGGUCUGGCCUAGCAAAGAGAAAAUCGACAGGCCGGCUGUUAAAAAGAAAUAA